AUGUCUGUUAUUUUUGAUUAGUUGGAUGUAUACUUUUAAUGAUAACUUUAGAAUAUCUAAUCACUUAGAUUCAAUUUUAGUUAAGCUAUAAAGUUGGGUGCUUAGCUUUAUUUUAUAAAUAACCACAACUUAAAAAGACUAGUAGUUAGUGAUGAUUAGAUUACACAAUUUACUGAGUAAGAAGCAAUCAAUGUACUUUCAGGAGUCCAGCAAAUUAGUUCAGAUGGAAAAGUAAUAUAUUGUUUAAUGAGUACAAAUUAAUAUAUUGUUUAAAGAUAAUGGAGAUUUAUAUUCAAUUGAUUCAUAACCUAAGCAAUUAGUUUAAGGCAAAAAUUAUAUGACUAUUACUCCAACAACUGCAAUAGAUCAUUCUGGUAGAGGAUUUUGGUGGAAAACUAAUAAAACAAUAUAUAGUCAUUGUAAACAUAUAAGUACUUACAAAGAAAAACUUACUUUAAUUACAAGUAGAUAAAAAUAUAUAUAUAUUUAUUAGUUGGUGGUAAAAUAUUUAAUAUUGAAAAUGAUACUUAAAUACCAAUUCAAUAAUUAAAUGGAUUAGGAAUUAAUGGAUAUUUUAAGAAAUCUUUAUUAUUUUAAUUUGGUGGUAUAGCUAUAACAGAAAAUGGAGAUGCUUAUUGUUAUACAAAUAAAAUGAUUAAAUUAAAAAUCAAUAAUCUUGAAGAUAUUAGUGCUAAUAAUAAAUUUAUAUUUGCAAUAUAAGGAAAAUCUCUUUUGUAAUGGAAUUUAGAUGAUUUUUCAACACAUUAAUUUUAUGUGAAUUAGACUUUAUUUAAAAAGAUGAAUUAUGGAAAUGAAAUUACAAUCAAUUGUAAAAGAAAGGAAUUUUAAGAAAUAAAGUUUAUAUAUUCAGAUAUUUAUUCUUAAUUUUGUUGUGCUUAAUUAAAAAUGAUUUAGAAAAUUAAUUAAAAUGAUUAAUCUAUAUCAGUUUUAGAAAGAACAUUUUGUAAAAGUAGUGUGUCUACAUUAAAAUAAUAACUUUUUGAUUAAUGGGAUCCUCCAUCUAAAAAAAGAAAUUAAGAUAUUAGACAAAGUAGAUAAGUAAAAGGUGAUAAAACUGAAAGAUCUGAUACUACUAAUAAAUUAACAGAUAGAUAUGAUAGAAAAGAUGAUUUAUCUUCAGAAUCAAGAUUUCGUCAAUCUACAAAUAAUAAUAUACUUGAAUCUUUUUUUGAUAGAUCAAACAAAUAAGAAACAAGAGAAAUAGAAUAUAAUUCUGAAAAGAAAUAAGAAAUCAAUUAAUUUUCUAUAGAUACAACUUUUAAUUAUAAAAGAAACUAAAAAUCUAAGUCAGAUAUUAUAGCUCCUCUUGAAAUAACUAAAUUACCACAACUUGAGAAAUAAUAAUAAUAAUCAGUAUAAGAAUAAGAAUAACAAAAAAUUAUUUUAAAUAAAGAAGAUAUAAAUAUAGAAUAAGAAGAAAUAAAAAUUAAACCAUCUAAAUUGCUUGAAUAAUAUAAAAAAUAAUUUGAUUUACAAAUAAAACCAAAUAAUGAAGAAUACAUAUAAAAAGAAUUAGAAAAAAGUUAAGAAAAUAAAGAUUAGAAUACUCAUGUAGAACAGAUAUAAAAUAUAAUAAUUCCAUCUUAAAAAAUAAUAAAUUAAAAAUUGUAAUCUAUUAGAGAAACUUAUGAUUAACCAAGAUUUAAAACAUAAAAUAAUAGUUUAUAUACUUUGGAUGAAGAGAGUUCAUUUGAAUAGAGUGUUUGUUAAGAUGAUGAUGAGAAAGGAAAAUUAUAUUUAAAACGAUAAGCAUUUUUAAUUAAUGAUAUUUUUGAAACUAAAACAGAAAUUAAAUAAAAUUAAAAAAGAUUAGAAUAAUUAAAAAAUUAAUAAAUUUAAAAGGAAAUUGUUUAACCUAUAUUAAUUCAAGAUAAUCCUACUUAGUUAUAAAAAGUUGUGAUUCCUGAUUUAGAUUUACCUCCUGUUUAAUCAAAAUUAAAUAAUUUAAUUAAUAAAUUAUAGUUAAAACCAGAAAAAUCAUUAGAUUAAGUUUUAGAGUCAUAAACAUAGAAAGAUGAAUAAGAAUCAACAUCUUCAUUUAUACCUUUUGAAUCAUAAACUAUAAUACCUGAAAUUUAAUAAAAAUAAAUAAAAUCAUUUUUGAAAAUAGAUACAAUUCAAAAUUCAAAAUAAAAAAAAACAGUUGAAGUUAUGGAAUAACAAUCAGUUAUCGAUUAUUAAAGUAAUAGUGAUUUUAUUGAUCAAUAAUAAGAUAGUUUUAUGUAAAUUUUAUAAAAUGAAAAAAAACAAGAUAACAAUAAAAUAUCAAAUAUAAUGUAGAUUUUUGAUUAAAUAUCAGUUUAGCCAAUAGACAAAAAACCUACAAAAUUAAAUUUAUUUAAAAAAUAAGAAUAAGAAUAAGAAAAUAUAUAAAAAAUAGAAAUUAUUCCUGAUAUUGAAUAGUUUAAUAAUAAAAUAAAUAUGAAUAAUGUUUUGACUGAAAAAUAAAAUGAUAACAUAAUUGAAAAGAAAGUAGAUUCACCAUAAAAGUUAAAUGAAAAAGAAUAAAAACCUAUAAUCACUAUUUUAAAUAAUAAUAAUUCAGAAGAAUAAUUAAUUGAAGAUAGAAUAGUUUAAGUAAUGAAAAUUGAAGAACCUUCUGAAUCAAUUAAAAUAGAAUCAGCUUAAAAAGAUAAUGAAGAAUAAUUAAUUAAAUUAUUACCUAUUUAAAUGGAUGAUUCAAGAAUUUUAAGAAAAGUCAAUUAAUUAUCUGAUGUUAAAUAACCAAUAUUUGAUAAUAAGUCUUCUAUGACUUUUUCAGAGUAAAAAUAAGCUAUUUCUCGUAUUAAAGUUUAACCAAUUAAUUGUAGUGCUCUAAGACCAGAAAAGAAUUUUACUCCUUUAAGAAGUAGAAGAGAUAGCAGUGCUAGAGGUUCAAGCAUUGAUACAAAUAGAUUUAAGCAAUUAUAAAUUGAAACUUAAAUUGUUGCACCAGAAGUUUAUUAUCAAAAAGAAUAAAUCAUUUAAGAGUCUCUAAACAAUAGUAAUGCUGUUUAUCAUAUUGACUAAUCUAUUUUAGAAGAUCCUAGUAAACGUACUCCAGUUGCUUAAUUAUUAGAUAUUAUUAACUUAAACUCAUUUUCAAAUUAAAAGAGCAAAGAACCAGUAUUAGUAAAAGUUUAAACAACAUCAUAAAUUCCAUAAUCUUUAAGAUCUAAUAGUAUUGAACCAAAUAUAAAAAAGACUAAUAUGUCUCCAAUAAAAUAAUUUCAACUUUAAGUUAAACAAUAAAAUAAUGAUAAAGUAUCAAAUAUUAAAAGAAGAUAAUAAGAUAUUAUUUUAAGAAAAUUAUUUUUCAGAAUUGAUAUUCAUGUAAAGUUAGCUAAAUUGGAGUUUAUGUUUAAUUUAAAAUAAAUAGUAGGAAAAUGA